AUGGCUAGAUGGCCAGAGAAGCUGUCGCUCUUGGUGUCCAGUCACCAAAUGAAGACACUUUCUCUGAAGAAACGAGAGGAGAAAACCCAUGGUAAUUGUAAAGGCCCUGACACCUUUUAUGUCAAAUUAAUAUCUUCGGAUGGUCAUGAAUCAAUUCUAAAAAGAGAACAUGUACAAACAUCAGCAAUAAAGGCUAUGCUAAGUGGGCCAGGUCAGUUUGCAGAGAAUAAAAUAAAUGAGGCCAAUUUUAGAGAGAUCCUUCCAAAUAGGCUAUGGAAAGUAUGCAUGUAUUUACCUACAAGAUCCACUACACUAACAACUUCAGAGAUUACCAAAUUCCCAAUUGCUCCUGAAAUUGCACUAGAACUGUUGAUGGCUGCAAACUUUCUAGAUUGGUCCCAGAAAUGA